GUGGAGUAACCAAAGCUUUCGAGCUUAAAGCCCAACGUAGCCAGCUCUAAUCUAGCUGUUCAUCGACGAAAACAUCAUCAAUGGAGGGGAAGAAGACGACGACGGAGAGGUCGCCGUGGAGCGGCGGCGAUGGCGGCGGCAACGUGGUGCGGGACGCGGUGGACUACCGGGGUUGCCCGGCGGACAGGGCGGCGACGGGAGGGUGGGUGGCGGCGGCGCUGGUGCUGGGGAUCGAGCUGUGCGAGCGGCUGUCGACGAUGGGCAUCGCGGUGAACCUGGUGACGUACCUGACGGGGACCAUGCACCUGCCGAGCGCCGCCGCCGCCAACGUCGUCACCGACUUCAUGGGCACCUCCUUCCUCCUCUGCCUCCUCGGCGGCUUCCUCGCCGACUCCUUCCUCGGCCGCUACCUCACCAUCGCCGUCUUCGCGCUCGUCCAGGCCGUCGGCACGGGCCUGCUCGCCGUGUCCACGCUGAUGCACCAGCUGCGCCCGCCGCCGUGCGCCGCGGCGGCGGCGGGGGUGGCGUGCGAGCAGGCCACACCGGUGCAGAUGGGCGUGCUCUACGUCUGCCUCUACCUCAUCGCGCUCGGCACCGGCGGCCUCAAGUCCAGCGUCUCCGGGUUCGGCACCGACCAGUUCGACGACCGCGACGACCGGGAGCGCGCCGCCAUGGGCCUCUUCUUCAACCGCUUCUUCCUCUUCAUCAGCUCCGGCACGCUGCUCGCUGUCACCGUGCUCGUCUACGUCCAGGACCACGUCGGCCGGAGCUGGGCCUACGGCAUCUGCGCCGGCGCCAUGCUCGUCGCCAUCGCCGUCUUCCUCUCCGGCACCAGGAGGUACCGCUACAAGCGGAGCUCCGGGAGCCCCAUCGUGCACAUCCUCCAGGUGCUCGUCGCCGCCGCCCGGAAGCGCGGGCUCAAGCAGCCGCUCACCGCCGCCGCGCUCUACGAGGACCGCCCCGACCACGCCCGGAUCCCCCACACCGCCCAGUUCCCCUGCCUGGACAGGGCGGCGGUGAUGGCCGGCGACGACGACAACGAGGUGGUCGGGCCGGACGGGCGGGCGGCGCCGAACCCGUGGAAGCUCUGCUCGGUGUCGCGGGUGGAGGAGGUGAAGAUGCUGGCGCGGCUGAUGCCGGUGUGGGCGACGACGAUCCUCUUCUGGACCAUCUACGCGCAGAUGAUCACCUUCUCCGUCGAGCAGGCCACCACCAUGGACCGCCGCAUCGGCGGCUUCGAGAUCCCGGCCGCCUCGCUCACCGUCUUCUUCGUCGGCGCCAUCAUGGUCACCCUCGCCGUCUACGACCGCGUCUUCAUCCCGGUCUGCCGCACCCUCACCGGCAAGCAGGGCUUCACCAACCUGGAGAAGAUCGGCAUCGGCCUCGCCCUCUCCGUCGUCGGUAUGGCCGCCGCCGCCCUCUGCGAGAAGAAGCGCCUCUCCGCCGCCGCCGCCGCAACGCCGGUGCCGAUCAGCGUGUUCCUGCUGACGCCGCAGUUCCUGCUGGUGGGCGCCGGCGAGGCGUUCAUCUACACGGGGCAGCUGGACUUCUUCAUCACGAGGUCGCCCAAGGGGAUGAAGACGAUGAGCACGGGGCUGUUCCUGACGACGCUGUCGCUGGGCUUCUUCCUCAGCAGCGCGCUCGUCUCGCUCGUCAAGGGCGCCACCGCCUGGCUCGCCGACACCAUCGACCGCAGCCGCCUCGACUACUUCUACUGGCUCCUCGCCGUCCUCAGCGCCCUCAACCUCGCCGCCUACCUCGUCUGCGCCAUGUGGGCCACCGCCAAGCCUCCGCCGCCGCCGCAGCAGCAGCACCAGCUCGCCAUGGCGGUCGCCGACGCCGACGACAAAUGCUAGCUAGUACCUAUAUACAUACAGAGAGAUCAUACACUCCAAUAUGUAUAAGCACUUGGCUAUGGUUAGUUAAUUAAUCAAGAGGCAUUUUACAGAUUAUGUGCCCCUUCAUGCAGUAGUUCUUCAUGCAAGCUCAGUGUUCGGUGUUCACUCGUGAUUAAUGAUGAAACUAAGAAACAUCUGAGAUUAAAUUAAUAAGAUCACCCUUUUUAGUUCUCAGCUCAGUGUUCAGUGUUCACUCAUGAUUAAUGGUGAAACUAAGAAACAUCUGAAAUUAAAUUCACUAGAUGUAUACCCGCGCGUUGC